GAAUGAAGCAGAGGAAUGGUCCAAACUCACAAUUUAACCGAUGCGCAGUCGCGACCAACGGACUCUCAAGUUUGGCUUUCCAACCGUUCGUCCAAAGCUGUCUAACCGACAUCGCCUGCUGCAACCAGACCGGGGGCAUUACUGUGAGUUUCUGGUUAAGAAAUGGAGGCGAGGACGACGACCAGUCUCUGCCCAUCCACGUGUUUCGCUCUCCAUACCUGAUCGCCACUCUGCAGGAAGACCACCUGGUUGUCUCCUGUUACCAUGGAGAUGGAACGUCCACCAAAAGAGCUGAGAUACCAAGGUCCGACUGGGAAUUCGCGACUUUAACCUGUAAUCCCGACAUGCCCGAGGGCAAUGAUGAUCUUAAGAUCUACAUCAACUCUCAAGAAGUCACUGCAACGAGUCGUGGGUCGUUGGAUGGGGCGAAGUUGUCUUUGGACGAGUUUCGAGCAGCGAACAAAUCUUUCCACUUACUCACUGCGGGGGACAGUGAGAGUUUGACGUCAUCGGAUAUUCGUACAAUAAUGAUCACGGAUCUAAGGGUUUAUUACGCCAUGCUUUCGCCUGAAGAUGUGGAACGAGUGUUUCAACACGAACAGGACAGAGAUCUUCCCGCAAAGGUCAUACGAAUGAGCACGCAAGGACAUCGGUUCAUCUCUUUCACGGGAGAGAGUACGGAGCACGUCUUACUCACGUGCAUGGUGCGUGUUCACACGGACGAAGCCGGCGAUGAAGCACGACUGCGGGUCCGCUUUAUGCACACGGACGAUGUCGACAGUGGUCCCUUCGAGGAGAUGACUUCGGAGGACUUCAAGAUGAGAGUUUAUCGGAGGCGGAAGAGUGGCUAUGAAGUACAAGUGAAGGCCCAGAUACUCGGCCGAUCCGACGGAGCGGAUCUGCCGCAGUACUUCACCUGUGACGUGGCGGCUAACAGUAGCCUUGGUAACAUCAGUAAUUACGGGUUUGAGAUCAUCAACGUGCAGAGCAUUGCAGAAUAUGCAGAACCUGCUUAUUAUUGGACCAAAUUUUUCGAUUCGGGCCCGCCUAAUAAUGAUGGAGAUGAAACUGAAGACAGGAGUGAUCACCAGAGACAGGCUAAUGACGAAAGCUACGAGUUAUUAUGCGAGAGCCCAGCUUAUGCCGAGUGUCGGGUUAAGGAGUCCGACGUUCCGUGGUACGACGGGAAUCCAUCAUUCGUUCCUCAGUACGAGUUUCCGUGCGACAGUGCUGGGAUCAGUUGCGAAUCGCAAGGCGACGGACAAACAUGCCCCGACCUUGAGGUCCGAUAUGCUUGCCUCAACACCACAUUUGAGAAUGAGCUAGGUGAAUCUAGCACUGGUGGAUCUGAUCCAAGAUCAGAUUCUGAUGGGCAGAUGCCUAACUCUAGACAGCCCUCGAAUGGUAACACACAACUGCCUAACUCUGGGCAGCCUUCGAAUGAUGUCAUCGGGGACUCUGAUCCGGACCUGGCACCGGCAAACAAUGAUGAUUACCCACCGAGGCCCACAACGACGAAUGGAAUCACCAAGAAACCGUUUGAUAUAGUUAUCAGAGACAAUCUGAACUGGAUCUAUCCCGUCUUGAUUGUAUCACUUGGAGCUGGAAUUCCAACACUAAUCGCAUGCUACUUUCUUUGCCGAAAGAAAACUCCAGAAGAAAUUAAGGCAGAAAUAUUGGCAGCAGAGAAGAAGAAGGAGGCUGAAAUGAUGAAAAUGGGCCCAAUGGGAGCCUCAGACAAACCGUGAUUUUCCAGCUACCCCCCCCCCCCCUCUUUCCCUCUCU